CCCGAAUUAAUUUUCGAAGUAAACAAAAAUGUGAGUACUUGUGAACAAAUCCAUAGAAUUUUAACGUUAUCUCACUGAACCACUACUCGAAAAUGCUCAGACUGUAAGUUAUGAGCAUUCCGAUUGCAUUGCACAAGUCGAUCAAUAAAUCGCUGAACAAAUAACAGAAAUGCCCCUUGUAUCGGACGUCUUGUUAAAUUGGAAAAUUCUUUUAUUGGGAUUCGGGAUUUUGAUAUCCGUUUCGUUUCUGAACGGUUUCGUGGCCGUUUUGCCCGUAAGUGGAUUUACGUUUCUAUUCGUCUCCAUAUCGACAUGGUUUGUGUCAUUGUUCGUAACGUUUUUCUAUCUGAACAAACUGCUGCAAAGAAACGAUCCCAUCGCAUUUACAAAACGUCGAAUUACGUUGAAGAAAGUCCGCGGAGACGUGACGCCGGAUCCGAAAAAAUUGAAAUAUCUAGUAGAAGAUAUAGACAAAUAUUUCGUUAGUAAAUGGUACGUGUACGUUAGCUCGAAUGACGAGUUUCCCGAAGAAACGAAACUAUUUUUGGACGAUGUAAUUAGACGAUUAGCGGAACUUCAAGCCUGCGUAAGCGCAAAGGUUUUAUUGCAAGGCGUUUCGAAUAUAUUCUUGAAGCAUUUGAAAGAGUAUCGCAGAGGAAUCAGGAGGAAAGAAAAGUACGAUGGAACUAUCGAGGAUUUAUAUAGAUAUUCGCAUGUUGUCGGUGCGAAUCCGAAUAUUCAAGAUCAUUUCAUUCAACAACUUACAUUGAACGUUUUGAGGCAUUUUAUCAAUUCUGAAUUGUGGAAUUCUUUACCUUGCCAAGUACUCGUGUCGAUAAUAGCAAGGAAAUUGGUGCUUUACAUUAUAAACAUCACUUCUGAUCCUGAAGUGAUUAAUUACCACCUCUUAAAUUUGCUCGCUUCGAAGGAAAUUAGGGAAAAGUAUAAAUUAGAAAAUUACAGCAGAAUAUCUAUAACUGCUUAUUACGAUGUUGUCGAUUCUAAGAGUAAAAUUGACGAACAAAACGGUAGCACAGCUGAAAUGAAAAGCGACCCUACAGAAGUGAUAGAAAAAACGAAAAAUGCUGAAGAAUUAGAAAUUGUUCCUAUCAAAAGCAACAAAAAUUCACUUCUAGUUCGACAGAAAAUUAAGAAAAAAUCCGAACAUCAUAAGAAAAUCGACAGUGCUGAAGAAGUACAGGAAACGCAAAUUAAAGAUAAUUCUACAUCCAGCGCACCCGUAAAAAUUCACGAACCAAAACUAGUCAGAGCAACAAAAACCUAUUCGGAUAGUAAAGACCUAGCUUUCGGAGUAUCAUUGGGACAAGACCCUUUAGAAGCAUUUCCCAUAUCAAUAGAAAACGUCAAAAGCAAAAUAGAGCAUGUCGAGGAUUCCGCGAAUUUACUACUGAACGAAGUAAAACUUUCCACUCAAAGCACAGUGGAAGGACUGAAAAGCUCGAUGAAACCCAUAAGCGACGCAACUGUAAGCACGUUUCACAAUAUCAAAGAUUUACAAGAAUCUACAGUGAAUAAUGCUUUACACAAAUUCGGAGAAUACCAGGACGAAGCGGCCGGCAUGGUCGAAGGGAUCCUCGACUUUGGCAGAGCCGGCCUCAGGAAAGGGCUCAAAUUGACAGGCUUGCAGGACAACAUCGAACAAGCCAGGGCCAGCUUGAACAUCGCUCCGACUAAGAGAAAAUCCAGCAGGACUCUGAGGGCCGAGUCUACGGAUAAAACUUGCCCCGACGAGGAAUCCGUUUGGAUCAAUCCCUUGCAAUUGGAAUCGCCGAAUUUCGACGGGCAAAUUCUUUUGGAGAAAUCUUCAGAUAAAGAGAACAAAGAUUUGGAUAAGAAAGAAGUGGAAAUUCCAUCCAUAUCAAUGGAACAAGCUUCAACUGGUACAAAUAGCCCAGAUCCCGAGUAUGAAGAUGCUGCCGAUUUAGCUUCCAGUAUAGCUAAACUUAGGUCAUUACUGCAACAACGUUCGUCAGAAUCGAGCAUGUCUACGCCAGCUUUAAGCCCAAUGGCAUAUCUGGAGUCCGAGAACAGUUCGGACCCUGACGAAGUGGAUGGUGUGAUUCCGAGUUUCUACAAAUUCUGCGCGAAAACGGCCACAGGAGUUUUAGAUAAAACGAUUCUUUCGAUAAAAACCGCCCUGCCGAGUCACGUGCAAAAUAUCGAAUACUCUGACAAUGCUUGGAUAUUCAUGCAAGCUAAUCAAAACGAAACUGAAAUUUUAACGAGAAUGAAAAGAUUGUUGAGCGAUAGACAAGAGUAUUGCGUUUUGGACACGGAAAUCGAUGCGGCUUACGAAGCAAUCGAUUCGUUGGACACGUUCCAACAGUCUUUGUUCAAAUCGAGCGUGGAAUUCGAAGAUGAAUUGGACGAGUUCGAAGCAAAAUUACCGAUAACAAAAGCCCUGGUUGAUAUUACUUGCGAGUUAUUAGCCGAUACCGAUUCGCCGUUGAUCAGAGAACCGGUCACGAAAGCUGUUUUGCUAGUAAUCGGUAAUACUUUGGAACAAACCGUCGUCGAUAAAGUGGACGAUGUUAUGGAAAAUUUAUGCGUUAAUUUAUUGACUAUACCGGAGAAAUCGAACACGAACGUUUUGUUUCUCGAACCAGACGAAUUUACCGAGUCUUUGGUGCUCGGUUUAUUUGAUUCCGUUAAACUUUUCCUAGAUAAGAAAGAUCUCACCAAAGUGUUCUCUCUAUUAGUAUCAUCUUUACAAGUGAAGAAAAUAAAUAUGGACGUCGUUUUGCAAAUUAUCGAAUUGGUCGCGUUGAAGUUGAUUGAAGGCAGCAGUCGCCCGACUCCACCGGCUUCGGCAUGAACAAUUCUGCGUGCUUGGAUGUUUAUCUAGUCCGUUUCGGCCUAUUUUUUUGACUUGUUUGUGAAGGUGUAAUAGCCAUU